CCACAAAAAAGGUAGAAUUGCCUUUUGGAAACAUCUAAAACCACUUGGAUAAAAGACAAUAUCCAAUAGGAGAAGAGUUUAGCGGAUUAGUGGUCAUUCAAUCUCAUCAGCUAUGGCGCUUCUUUCCUCUCUACAUUCUCAGUCCCUUCGUCCUCACAUUACUCCCUCUUCAGCUGUUUUCUCUCACCUUACAAGAUUCAAGAAAUCCCAUGAUCAAAAUACUGUUUUUUGCAAAACCAAUCAACAAGAUCAAGAUUUACGCCUAACUAUUGAAGAACAAUCUCUAAAAGUUCAAAGAAGAGAUCUUUUGUUACACACUGUAUUCGGCGCUUUGUCUGUACCUGCUAUGGUUCCAUUUGCAUAUGCAGAGGAAGUUGUGCCAGAGGGUUUCCAAAUUUACUCCGAUGACGUGAACAAAUUCAAGAUAACGAUUCCUCAAGAUUGGCUAAUAGGAGGAGGAGAAGGCAAUGGAUUCAAGUCUGUUACUGCAUUCUACCCUUCAGAAGCUUCAAAUUCAAAUGUGAGUGUAGUGAUCACUGGGCUUGGUGCUGAUUUUACCAAGUUGGAAUCUUUUGGCAAGGUCGAUGCUUUUGCAGAGAACUUGGUUAGCGGAUUGGACAGAAGUUGGCAGAAACCCCCUGGUGUUUCGGCUAAACUCAUCGACAGCAAAGCCACUAAAGGAAUGUAUUACAUAGAAUACACACUUAAGAAUCCAGGGGAAAGUGCAAGACAUUUGAUUUCUGUUCUUGGAAUUGCGAAUAAUGGUUGGUAUAAUAGAUUGUAUACUCUCACUGGACAGUAUAUAGAUGAUGAAUCAGAGAAAUACCGUUCAAAGAUUGAAAAGGCAGUUGCAUCAUUCAAAUUAGUUUGAUUUGUGUUGUUACAAAGCAAAAUCAAAACAACUGUAGUUACACAAGCCAGGAACUCAACAGUUCAAGUUGUGACAUGAUCAGAAGAAUAAAUUUCAUAUUCUGAGUUUUGUGAACAGUUCAGCUACACAAGUUUCUUCAAUCUCAAAUUAUGUUGCAUUACAUCUACACUAAUUGAAGCCCAUGGCUUGAUUUGUAAACCCUAAUCACAAAAUGGUGAUGGAAAUAUAGAGGAUAAAAAAAAAUCAAGAACUAUUG